GCCCGCCGCCCGCCUAAAGGAAGCCCGGCCCCCGCGGGGUGCCCGCGCGGCCCCCGGGCGAACGCCGCGCCGGAGGUUUGUCCCCGCGCGCGCACCGUCCCGCGCGGCCCCGGCGCUGGGCCCGGCGCGCGGCGAUGGGCGAGACCAUGUCCAAGCGGCUCAGGUUGCACCUGGGCGCCGAGGCGGAGAUGGAGGAGCGCGCGUUCCCCAACCGCUUCCCGGACUACGAGGCCGCCGCCGCCGCGGACGCCGCUGCCUCCGCCGCGGCCGAGGACGCGGACGACGCUUGCCCCGCGCCCGCCCCCGACGAGCUCGGCCUCCCGUUUCACGACGACGGGAAGAUCAUUCACACCUUCACCAGGCGGGUCCAGACCAAAAUCAAAGAUCUGCUCCAGCAGAUGGAAGAAGGGCUGAAGACGGCGGACCCACAUGACUGCUCUGCGUAUACCGGCUGGACAGGCAUAGCCCUGCUGUACCUGCAGUUGUACCGGGUGACGUGUGACCAGACCCACCUGCUGCGGUCCCUGGAUUACGUCAAGAGGACCCUUCGGAACCUGAGUGGCCGCAGGGUCACGUUCCUCUGCGGAGACGCGGGGCCGCUGGCCGUGGGAGCGGUGGUGUACCACAAGCUCCGAAGUGAGGGCGAGUCCCAGGAGUGCAUCGCCAAACUUUUGCAGCUCCAGAGAUCCAUUGUCUGCCAAGACUCGGACCUUCCCGACGAGCUCCUUUACGGCCGGGCCGGGUACCUGUAUGCCCUCCUCUACCUGAACACGGAGAUCGGGCCGGGCACCGUGUGCGAGUCGGCUGUUAGAGAGGUCGUCACUGCUAUUAUUGAGUCGGGCAAGGCUCUGUCGAGGGAGGAGAGGAAGGCUGAGCGCUGCCCCCUGCUGUACCAGUGGCACAGGAAGCAGUAUGUGGGGGCCGCCCACGGCAUGGCCGGCAUUUACUACAUGCUGAUGCAGCCAGCAGCGAAGGUGGACCAGGACACCCUGGCCGAGAUGGUGAAGCCCAGCAUUGACUACGUCCGGCACAAGCGCUUCCGCUCCGGCAAUUACCCGUCGUCUCUCAGCAACGAGACGGACCGCCUGGUCCACUGGUGCCACGGGGCCUCGGGGGUCAUCCACAUGCUGAUGCAGGCGUACAAGGUGUUCAAGGAGGAGAAGUACCUGAAGGACGCCAUGGAGUGCAGCGACGUGAUCUGGCAGCGCGGCCUGCUGCGCAAAGGCUACGGGCUCUGCCACGGGACGGCCGGCAACGGCUACUCCUUCCUGUCCCUGUACCACCUCACGCGGGACAGGAAGUACCUCUACCGCGCUUGCAAGUUUGCAGAGUGGUGUCUGGACUAUGGUGCCCACGGGUGCCGCAUCCCCGACAGACCCUAUUCCCUCUUUGAAGGCAUGGCUGGUGCGAUCCACUUUCUCUCCGAUGUCCUGGCACCCGAGACAUCCCGGUUCCCGGCGUUUGAACUUAGCUCUUCACAGACGGAUAAGAAGAUGUAAAAAGACUCCUAAGAGCCCCAUUUGGACCAAAAUCCACGAGACUGCUCGGUGCCUGACGGGAACCAGCUGUGAAUCCCCAGGGGGAAGGCGGCAAGCAGACACGCCAGGCCCUGGAGCCGAGCGGCAGCUCCCGUCUCGCCUGUCCCAGCCCCCGCGGCCACGCCCGUCCUCACACCCAGUUCUCGCAGCCUUUGCAUGUCUCUUGGUGUUUGUUGUCUGUGGGUGUCAGCUGUGCUCAGCAGAGAGCCCUCUGUGCCCUCGAGCGGACACGCGGCAGCCCCUUCUCUGUAAAUCACUCCCCGGCGGGAGCGGCGGGCAGCGGCCCGGUGAUACCCAGUGCUCGCACCCGCGCCGCAUCGCUGCAGCUCGCACAGCAGGAGGGAAGGGCUCCAGGACCGAGAAGCUGAGCCGAUGAGGAAGGGUUCAGCUGGAGUGGUCGAGGCUCAGCCUUCCCACUAGGGUUUAGUGCUCACCUCAGUGUUUUUUGUUGUCGUUUUUUAAUUUUCUUUAAAUCCUUACCCGAGGAUCUGUUUUACUGACCGAGAGAGAGAGAGAGAGAGAGAGAGGAGAGGAGAGAGAUUGCCUCCCACACGUGCCCUGACAGGGACUCGAACCCGCAGCCUUUGGAUGUACAGGGAUGAUGCUCCAACCACUGAGCCACCGGCCCGGCUCGCCCGGGUGGUUCGAGCAGCCGAUGCCUCUCGCUCUCCGGCCCGUCUCAGCAGAGUGGCCUCGGGCCUCGGGCGGCUCCAGGUGAACCUUCCGGGAUGGCUGUGCGUCAGCCCCGGGCGUCGCAGUCCUCGGCUCCCCGUCCAUCGCGUUAAGUGUGUGGCUUUAAGUGCAGUGAGUCAAGUUCCAGAGCGACCAGCAGGCAGGUCUCUGUCCCGCGUCCCUGCGAUUAAACUACGUCAAACUUGGUCCGUUACCAAGGCAUCCGCUCGGGA